AUGGUGCAAGUAGCCCAUGCUUACCUCCCCAUGCAGAAUCCUCUGGUUCAGGCAGUGUGGUCUCAUCAAAUCACGCCUAGUGAUGUGACUAUAGGGAUUAUUUUGGUAUUACAGACUGUUACUGGAGUUUUGGGCAAUUCGUCUCUCCUCUUCAACUAUAUCUUGCUUUGCUUCAAAUCAUACAAAUUAAAGCACAUGGACUGGAUUUUGAUGCACUUGACUGUAUCCAACUUCUUAACUCUCCUAUGUAAAGGUAUUCCACAAGCAAUAGCAGCUUUUGGUUUCCAAUGUUUCUUCAAUGAUUUUGAGUGCAAGCUACUUUCCUACCUUCAUAGGGUGGGAAGAGGUGUGUCAUUUGGCAGUGCAUGCUUAUUGAGUGUCUUCCAGGUCAUCACCAUCAGCCCAGAGGAUGCCAUUUGGACAAUCUUUAAAAAGAAAGCCCACAAGUACAUCAACUAUUCACUAUACUUGACCUGGAUUCUAUCUCUCCUUUUUAGCAUUGUUUCCCUUAAGUAUAUGUCUGCAACGUUGUGCAAUGUUAACGACACAAGUCUUAAGAACUUAGGUUACUGUUCUUCUCUUUCAUUUGACAAAACCGCCCAAGUACUGCAUGCAGUAUAUGUGAUUAUCCCUAGUGCCAUCUGCAUACUUUUCAUGUUAUGCUCCAGUGGUUCCAUGGUUCUCAUUCUGCACAGGCACAAGCAGAGGAUGGAACAUAUGAUUAGGAGCAAUAUUUUACCUAGAUCCAGCCAUGAGUCCAGAGCAACACAAACCAUUCUUCUUCUAGUGAGUACCUUUGUCUGUUUUAAUAUACUCUCCACAAUUUUUACCAUUUGUUUAAACUUUUUGGUUAAUCUUACUUGGCAUCUAGUUAGUAUCCAUGCAAUAUUCUCAAUGUGUUUCGCUUCUGUAAGCCCCUACUUGCUCAUGAGACAUGGUUCCACCACAUCCAUCCAUUGCUUUGCUUGGGUAAACUAUCAAAAAUCCUAAA